ACAAGUAAACACCUUGGUGCUCGACCUUCACCACUUUUAGAACGUCAAGGCGACACCCAAUCGCUUCCAGCAACACGCCUGAUCAUGUUCAGCUUUAACCAAAACAACAACGGCACCGGUGGUGGUGGGGAGACUCCAAACAAGCCCUUGUUUGGCGGUACCAGUGGCGGAGGGCUCUUUGGUAAUACCACCAACAAUGCGACACCAAACUCCGGGACCAGCGCGCCAGGCGCUACGUCGAUAUUUGGAAGCGCUGGAGGCCAGAAACUGGGUACCGGAGCCAGCACGUCUGGCACUUCGCUAUUCGGCGGUGCGGGUGGCUCGACACCUUCUGGGAGCAGCUUGUUCGGAGGAUCCAGCACCCCCGCUGCCCCCAAGCCUGCUGGGAGCUUGUUUGGAACCCCUUCAGGCGAGAACAGCAAGCCAUUGUUCGGAGCAGUAGGAAAUGUCCCGAGUUCUGGCACACCUAGUGGGGGAGCCCCGGCAACAUCUACUCCUUCGUUUACGUUGAAUGCUGGUCCAGGAUCUUCAACGCCUACUGCUACACCAGCCGCGAACAAGACUUCAUUCCUGCCUUCGACUACACCUGCCGGCGCUCCUCCUCCUUCUGGAAACAGCAUCUUCGGCGGACUUUCUUCAAAUACUGGAUCGGGAUCGGGAGGGGGUCUGUUCGGUGGUGCUGGUGCUGCAAAACCGCCUACCACAUCUGCGUCCUCUGGCAGUCUUUUCGGUUCUGCAACCCCAACUGCAGGCGCAACCAAUGCAAGUGGUGGUGGUUUUAGCUUUGGAAAAACGGCCGGAUCAGCAGAUAAAAGCAAGGAUACACCCACACAAUCUGCACCUGCGCCAGGCGGUCUAUUUGGUGGUGGUGCUGCUCAGCCGGGAGCACAAAGCACGCCUGCGGGUUCAAAGCCUUUGUUCAGCUUGGGAGGGACAAACCCUUCAUCGACCUCCGCAAACAACCCAUCACUACUCAGUUUAGGAACUACGCCAAAUGCAGGUCAACAAAGCAGUCCGCAGCCUUCCGCUCCGGCUUCUACAGCAGCGCCUACCAAAAGUCUUUUCUCUAAUGCCGCACCUGCAACUGGAUCUUCAUCGGGUGCCGGAUUCAAUUUUCCCAAGCCAGGCGGCUCAUCCUCAGAGUCUGCGACAGCUGGAGCAACAACUACUACAGCUCCAUCAAGCGGUAGCCUGUUUGGCGGUCUGAAGUCUUCAACUGCGGCGGGCACCUCUGCCCCAGCCACUGCUCCAACAGCAACGAGCGCACCAUCCUCUUCAAUGUUUAAUCUGGGUGGCUCUAAGCCCGCUGGUACGAAUUCCCAACCUUCCACAUCAGCUACUACAACUGCACCUGCUGCUGGGGCGGCGACGACGGCAACAGCGGGCGAUGCGGCUAAAAGCACAUUGGGUAACUCGACCGCGGGGCCGAUGCCCUCUGCGCAAUCCCGAUUGAAGAACAAGUCCAUGGAUGAAAUCAUCACCCGAUGGGCUGCGGACCUGUCAAAAUACCAGAAAGAAUUCCAGCAACAAGCCGAGACAGUCAGCAAGUGGGACCGAAGUCUGGUAGAAAACUCGGAUAAAGUGAAGCAGCUCUACUCGAAAACUUUCCAGGCAGAGCGCGAUGCCGCCGAAGUGGAGCGACAGUUGACCAUUAUGGAAGAAAACCAGCAGGAGCUCGAUACAUACCUUGAUCGCUACGAGAAGGACAUUGACAACCUGAUGAGCAGCCACGGCGUUGGUGGAAGGUCAGACAAUCUGCGCGGGCCCGACCAAGAGCGCGAGCGAACAUACAAACUAGCGGAGAAGCUCCAAGACCGCCUCAACGAGCUGAACAAGGAUCUCACGGAAAUGAUUGAGGAAAUCAACAGCACAUCCCAGACACUCAGCAAAACAGGCAAACCAGAUGACCCCUUGACAAAGGUCGUCCGCGUGCUCAACUCACAGCUCUCCCAACUCCAGCUCAUCGACUCAGGCGCCGCGCAGCUCCAGGAGAAGAUCGACGAGGCCCAGAAGCAGAACCACCGCGGUGGUGCUCACGGUGCUAGCGGUGCGGGCGGGUCGGGUUGGAAUGGUUUGGGAACUGAUCCUACCGAAGACUUCUACCGGAGUUAUCGGGGUGGGAGGACCGACCGAUUUGGGGGGCAGGCGUAAACGAAAACUUGUGUAUGUACGUGUAUAACGAUGGAAUCGAAAAAAACGAGAUUUCGAUGAUUGAUUGCGGAAUUCAAGGAGGGUGUUAGUCAAGGACAGGAGGGGGUUUCUCAUUGGGCUAGUAAAGCAUGUACGAACGGAUGGAUGAGUCUUGGUUCGUUGGCUUCUUUGUCUUGGAUCACCUCGCUCGGCUGGUCUUCCCCAACUUUUCAAGUUUCUUUUCUUGGACCAGAGUCUGAAUUUUGAAGGUAGAAUUAUCCAGGGUGGAGAACACAUGGAAUCGCAUGUUUUAGAAAGUAAUAUGGACAUGUAAGAAUAUUUUAUAGGCGUCCUUGUCUCCCUUUCAAAGACAAUAAUUAGUGCUUGUGAAGCUGUUGGUGCUUUGGAAUGAAUCUUUUUCUCUUGUAUCAU